GAGCGGCCUGCACGGCACUGUCCCUGAACCACUCUACACAGCGCUUUGGGAACACAGGCGUCCUGCCCGGCUGAAAACAUCCUAACGCUGGAGGUGAAAGCCCCGAAGGUUACAAAUAUCUACCCAGGUAAAAGUGCGGACCUGCGGACUGGCGACAGCAUGAAGUCGGCGGCACAGGUCGUCCUGAUUGCGGCCAGUCUGGCAUUCGUGGAGCUGGUCACUGCAGAACCUCCAUCCUGGUCAGCAUCCUCGGAGUUUGAUUCACUUCACUCAGCUGCCCGCGCAGAUAUCAACUCUCGCGAGACUGCAGAUGCAGCAGGCGCAUGGGCAGCAGCAACCAAUGACCAGGACCAAUGGCUGAUGAGGGAUCUUGGUGACGUAAGCGUCAUCACCGGCAUCAUCAUCAAAGGCAGGAACUACAGCCCUGAUUGGCCAUGGGACAAACAUGACCAAUACGUCACAUCCUACACCAUUUCAUACGGCAAUGAAAACGGUGAUGAGACUUUCUACACCGAUGCUGAUGGGCAAGUUACAGUUUUUCCGGCGAAUGACGACAGAGACACGGAGGUCUACAACGACUUCAGAGAUUUCAGUGGUCGCAUAACUGCGCGCUUCGUCAAAAUCCAUCCGCAAACAUGGCAUGAGCACAUCUCCAUGCGGGCGAAGAUUGUGACAGAGAUUAAGACAAGCAACAGAUUUAUACCGGUUGAUGAAAGUGCGCAACAUGCCAAACACGCGAGGUCACACGCAGUGGAGAACCAGGGUAGAGUCGGCACGUUUGACGAUCUGGUGGCUGAAAUGAAACAAAACAAAAAGGUGUCCGAAUACGUCUCGUCCCUCCGUCUUGUCGGAGAACACCUGAAGCGCCUAACAGAAAAGAUCGUCGCUUUAGAUGCUCAUCUCCUCUAUUAUAACAGAGAUUCAAGGAAUCCGGAGACUUCCGACGCCCUAAAAAGAGUACUAGAUAUAUAUAAUUCGAACAGAAUGGUGCUUUUGGGAUUUUCGGGCUAUAUCGGAGUUAUCAGGUGGCUCACAUCAAGGUUUAACAGUCUUGGAGCAACUUUAAGAGAGCUGAAGGUGCUUAUAGAUGAUUUGGACAAAAUCCUUCCUCCCGAAGGACUUCAAAUAUCACUAGGUGGGGAAAUUGAGCCAUUAAGGUCUGGCGCGUACAAGUGUCCAGAUUUUCAACAUGGGGAAAUGCAAUGGCCUGAACUUCCAAAAAUGCAACAGGAGGAGAGCAAUGUCACUUUGCAAGACUUUGAGAAAAUGGCGGAACUGUCUGACCGGGUUUCAAGCAUCAAUCAGGAGGCUCGUGACAUCAUAGACGAAAUUAGAUACAUUAGGAACAUAGUGUCUUAUAGCUCAACCCUCCUACGUAAUAUCGACAAAACAGGGCCAACCUUAGUCCAGCAGUACCGUGGCUGUUAUAAGGACACAUCUGACCGUCUGUUUCCCAACGCACAGCUUCUGGGCCAUUCGUUAUUAACGAAUGCUCUUUGCAGGGAUCACUGUAGAAGUGGCCAUUUUCCCUACUCAGCAACUCAAUAUGCCGAAGAAUGCUUCUGUGGGACGAGGCAAAACUUUCAGGACCUCGGAGAUCCUCUUCCUGACAGCGAAUGUGACCGUCGGUGCACCGGAAAUCCUGAUCAAUUCUGUGGGGGUGAAUGGAGGAUGUCUGUGUUUAGCACUGGAAGCUGA